AAGGUCGGCAGCAUUAGCCGUCCUCGUUCUAUACUUUACAGCCACACUGUCGUCAAGGAUCCAUGCGUGAAAUUGUCUCCAUACAUAUCGGCCAAGCUGGAGUGCAGAUUGGAAACGCAUGCUGGGAGCUAUUCUGUUUGGAGCACGGAAUUCAGCAGGAUGGAAAGUUGGGAAGUGAGGGUUAUCCUAGCACUGGAAGAUCUACCUUCUUCGCCGAGUCUUGUAAUGGUAGCUAUACCCCACGGGCUGCUCUUGUGGACCUGGAACCAUCUGUUAUAGAUCAAGUUCGAUCUGGUCCGUACAGGGGAUUGUUUCAUCCCACUCAGAUGGUUAUAGGGAAAGAAGACGCAGCGAAUAACUUUGCCAGGGGAUUCUACACCAUAGGACGGGAUAAACUGGAAGAUGUCCUAGAGACAGUGAGACGUCUUGCUGAGCAUUGCUCUAGCUUGCAAGGUUUUCUCGUUUUUCAUUCACUUGGUGGAGGAACGGGCUCUGGCUUUGAGUCAUUGAUAAUGGAUAAUCUGUGCUUGCAAUAUGAAAAGAAGUGUAGACUAGAAUUCUCUAUCUACCCGUCCCCAACGACAGCAACGGCGGUGGUGGAACCAUACAACUCUGUUCUUACUACGCAUACUAGCCUCUAUCAAUCCGACUGUACUUUCAUAAUGGACAAUGAUGCACUAAAUGACCUUUGUCGUAUAAAUUUGAGCAUGAAAGCGCCUUGCUAUAGAAAUCUAAAUCGUAUUGUAUCACAGGUAGUAUCGUCGAUCACAGCUUCAAUACGCUUUAGUGGACAAUUAAAUGUCGAUCUCAGUGAAUUCUCCACAAAUCUUGUCCCGUAUCCACGUGUUCACUUCCCCUUAGUAGCCGCAGCACCCCUACUUCCUGCUGAAAAAGUGAGCCGGCAGUCACUGAAAAUAAGUGACAUUACUGCUAUGUGUCUGGAACCUUGUAAUCAGAUGAUUAGAUGCAAUACUAGCGCUGGGAAGUACAUGGCAAUGUGCUUACUUUACAGGGGUGAUGUCGUACCAAAAGACGUUAACAAAGCUAUAAUGUCCCUCAAAUCAAGAGUGGGACUUGAAUUUGUCAGCUGGUGUCCAACGGGCUUCAAGAUAGGAAUUAAUCAACGGCCACCGGAACAGGUUCCUGGUGAUGACAUCUCAUCCGUCCCUCGCGCCGUAUGCAUGCUUGCAAAUACAACAGCCGUAGCAGAGGCCUGGUCAAGACUAAAUCAGAAGUUUGACAUUAUGUAUGCAAAAAGAGCAUUCGUUCACUGGUAUGUGGGCGAAGGUAUGGAGGAAGGUGAAUUCUGCGAAGCGCGAGAAGAUUUAGCAGCGUUAGAAAAAGACUAUGAAGAGAUAGUCGCGGGAUGCUCUUUUGAUGAAGAUGAAUAUUGAAUUAAGUUGACUAACAAAGUAUAUGCAAAAAACAUCUUAUCUGUGACGAAUACAUCGAACAACUUACACAUGCUCGUACACGUCGUCAUGUUAUGCAUAAAUAGUUUUUGUAAAACCC